GGCUAAAAAAAAGUAUGGCGGAUAAACAAUCUCGAACGUACCGAAACGUACAAAAGGUUUCUCACAUGGAACAAGCUCCUUCCAAGCGACACGCCAUGGCGCAUAAAAAUGCAGACACGGCCGCUGACAAGGACGCAAAACGUGAAAACCGUCGUGCCAAACCGGAGCUGGUGCUGUACCGGCCCGGCAUGGGGCUGCUCCAAAAGAACCAGGUGGGCCGGCCGGACACUCCCUCCAAGCCCGGAACGCCCGGUGACGGAUUUCAGUGCACCACGGAAGAAAGUAUGUGCCAGCAGACGCCGCCCUCCGUCCGCGACCUCUCUCGGGGCAGCCGCUGCAAGCGUCCCGACCAGCCCAUGUACGUACCUAAGCACGUGAAGACCCCACCGGCAGACAGAUCCCAGACGGAAGUGACAGAUGACGUGUCAGAACCCAAGAGCUCGAGCUCUACGAAGUCGCCCUACCUCGACGGUCCUCCUCACGAGGAGCGGCCAGCGGCAGAAGAUGCGUCGGAGCGGCCGAACCGUAAUGGCCCCGGAAAACCGCGGCGGUUCGUCGGGGCCCAGCAAGUGGAUGGCGAUCCCCCAGAGAACUCUGCUUCGAGCGCGUCGAAAUCGCCGAGGCCCAUUGAGACCUGCUUGGCAAAGCCAAAGCAGAACGUCCCGCCCGUCGAGCCUGGGGGGUCAGCGGGGGACUGGGUUCGCGGCAAUGUGACGACUCCGCGAGAGGGGAGAACAGAGGCCGAGAGGUCGUCAGCGACCAACGGGAGGCGGAGUGGAGGGGACAGGGGUUCCGGGAGGCGGAGUGGAGGCGACCAUCGGCCCAAUGGGGUCACUGCAGAAGCUGGCGGCAGGAAGAGCUGGAGCGGCAGGGGUGACAAGGGUGGCCAGGAGCGGCCGCCCCACGACGCAUUCCCGAGACAGGACAGCCGACCCGCCGGACGGGCCGCGUCUCCCCGGCGUCGGAAGAGUGGCUCUGAGGAUGAGGCGGAAGACGACGGCAGGCGGAGGUCAUCCAAGAAGAAGUCGAAAAAGAAAAAAGGGAGGCCCAGGGAGGACCGGCCGAGGCGGCAGUCCGGACCGGCUCCGCACGACCCGGUCGUGCCGUCCGGGAGCGGCAGUGUCCCCGAAGAAGAGGACUGGGACGGAGACCUGAUGGUGGUGGAGUCUUCUGCGAGGACCUUCAGCCAGGAGGACCUGAGCCGGACGGCCGACAGGGACAAGGGAUCCCCGGCGGCAGUCCAUCCACACCGGCGGUCGCUGGGACACCGAAACAGAGACUCCUUCUCGGAAGAAGAGAAGGACGCGGGUGUCCUGCACGCUCCGGCGUACGUGGUGCCAGUCAUCAAGGACUGGAGCGUGGCAGUUGUGGAAGAGGAGGAGCGGCGCCUGUCGGCGGAGCGGGAGAGCGCUGACAACUCCAAGAGUGCCAAGGAGUCCUCCAACCGCCGUUCAUUGGCGCGGCUGGAGGUGAGGCGCAAGAACCGGAGGAAUGACAGCUUUAAGGCGGCGUCUCCACCGCCCAAAACUCCCCAGGAGUCUCAGGUUCCGCCCCGGUUCCAGAAGCGGAGCCCCCUUUCCGGCAGUGCUCCCGAGCCUGGUGUUAAGGGAGGCCUCAUUCGGAUCCCAUGUGACGUGACGCUGACACCAAAGCAGGCUUGUUUGACUGCGGCCAAAGGUCCGUUGGAGGACUGCGGCGCGGAGCGCGAGCCGGUCCCCUGCAACCCGAGCCAGGACAAGCCGCUGAUUGCGGUGAAGCCACAGCCCCACGUGGCCCUGGAGGUGACCCCCGGCAGGGCCGCCGUGCCCGCGAUGCCGGGCUUUGGGGUUCCCUACGGCGUGUCGCCCCCGAUGGUGUCUCCCCCGUACCUGGGACUGCCCCUGGGCCAGUACCCGUGCCACCUGCCGGCCCACGGAGCAUCCCCCGUCUUCCACGGCGACCAGAUCUUGCCCCUGGACGCCUACGGACGCAGUCGGAUGAAGCCUCUGGUUGAGAAGAAUCUGCACGAUGCUGCGCUCCUGGAGAGAGAAUUGAUGACGCAUCUGGCAAAAGGAAUUCAGAACAGCGACAUGAAGGCUAUGGGACACUGCAGGUGGAAGCUGCAGCUGCGCUACGAGAAUGUGAUCCUGGCUGACCCCCGCUAUUGUGCUGAGAAGAAUGUGGAGCACGCCCUCUGGAAGUCUGCCUUCUACCAGGGCAUCGAGACCUUUCGCAGAGUCAUGGAGGAGUGCCCAGACCUCCAGGAGGAAGCCAAGAUGCACCUGCUCAGCCUGGUCGACGAGGGGACCAUCUUCUACGAGAACCUUUUGGACAAGUUCCAGGAGACCUACGGCUUCAGCCUGAGUCAGUUUUUGGAGCCGGAAUCCGCGUCCGUGGGUGGCAUGGGGUCCGUGCCUGGGGUGGGGGGCACGGCGGGCCUGCCGGACUCGCUGCGGCUGGUGCUCAUCUCGGCCCAAAAGAUCUACAUUUGCCUCGGGGACCUGGCACGCUACCGGGAGCAGGCCAUGGGCACCACCAACUAUGGGCGCGCCAGGAGCUGGUACCUCAAGGCCCAGCAGAUUGCCCCCAAGAAUGGCCGCCCGUACAAUCAACUAGCUAUUCUCGCCCUCUAUGCCAGGAGAAAGCUGGAUGCCGUGUACUACUACAUGCGGAGCUUGGCAGCAAGCAACCCUUUCCUGACUGCCAGAGAAAGCCUGUUGGCACUGUUUGAUGAUGCACGGAAGAAGUACGAGCACCUGGAGAAGAAGCGUGGCGAGGAGGAAGGCCUCCUGAUGGAGGGGGAGCAGAGCCUCCUGCGGCGGCUGUCUGAGAUGGACCAGGAGCGGCUGGAGGUGUGGAUCCGACCGGAUGGGAGCACCUCCCACCGGAGCAGCCGCUCCAGUGACCUAGCCUCCCGGGAGUUGGACCAGCUGGCCCGGCUGAGCACCGUUGAGCUGAACAAGCGCUUCGUGCUCAGCUUCCUGCACGUCCACGGCAAGCUGUUCACCAGGGUCGGCAUGGAGACCUUCCCGGAGACAGCGCGGCGCAUGCUCCUGGAGCUGCGCUGCCUGCUGCAGCGGACGCCGGCCGCUGUGGGCUCGGUGCGCCACCUGCAGCUACUCUCCAUCAACAUGUUCACGGUGGCCAACACUUCCCUCAAGGACCGCACGCUGGACCCCCAGUGCCGCUCCCUGCUCCAAGAGCAAAGCCUGCAGGUUGCGCUCGCCCACGUAGCCAUCCUCCUGGAGCGGGCCACGGGCCUGGUGCUCCAAGGGCUCCAAACGGGCUCCUCCCCGUCCUCUUCCUCCUCCUCCUGCUCUCCGUCUUCCUCCCCGGGCUGCGGCGGGGUCCCCUCCCAGCUCUCGGAUGACCUGGCGGAGCUGCUGCCCUGCCUCAAGGUGUGGACGGACUGGAUGUCCUGCCAGAAGCGGCUGUGGUCGCCACCCCCGUCGCCGUGCGACUACGACACUGGCGUGAAGGGCAACGUCUGGACCACGCUGGCCGACUUCCUCACGGUGCUGCGCAGGCUGAACAUGGCCGACGUGCGCUUCUUCAAGGACCCCGCAGAGGACCGGGAGCUGGUGACGCUUCCGGAGGACGCCACGCUGGCGGGCUUUGUGCCACUGCUGGGCGCGCCCCAGGAGACCUUCUACGUGCAGUUGCCGUGCGACCGGGAGCGUGCGCGCAACCAGCUGCGCAUGAGCCGCGUCCAGUUCUUCGGGGACUACCUGUGUGGCAUUGCAACGCCCUACCUCGAGUUCAAUGUGGAGCGCAAGCGCUUCGUCUCCCUCAUCGCCACCUGCGACUCUGAGUCCGACUCGGAGCGGGAGAUCACCUACGACUCGUCGGAGGAGGAGCUGGGAGACUCCCUGGACGACCAAGAAGUCUCGCUCAAGUCCGGAGAGGAGGAGAAUGAGAUCCAGAAGCUGUGGUCCAAAAAGGAGCAGCUGCGCAGGGCCAAGGAGCAACGGGAGCGGCAGCAAGCCUGCGUACAGGCGGUGCUUCAGGAGCACCGGAGCAAGCAGGCGGCCAUGUUGGAGAUCCGGCCCCGGAACCUAGUGCCGGACACCAACUGCUUCAUCGACCACCUGCCGCUGCUGCAGAGGCUCGUCGCCGACGGACACUUUCAGGUCUUCGUGCCCAUCGUCGUGGUGAACGAGCUGUACGGCCUGGCCCGGGGCACCCGGCAGGGUCCGCACCAGAGCCCGGACCACUCACAAAAGGUGGCCCUGGCAGCCAGGGCAGCGGUGAGCUACCUGGAGGAGCGCUUCGACCACCGGGAGUCCAAGCUCAAGGCCAUCACCUCUAGGGGGUCCGUCAUGGACACCAUCAGCUUCCGCAGCGAGGACGUCACCGACAACAAGGGGACCAAUGACGACCUGAUUCUGGCCAGCUGUCUCCAUUUCUGCAAGGACCGCACCGAACACCUGCUUCCUAGGGAGCCAGAUGCCCCGGUGAAGCUGUACCGAGAGACUGUGCUCAUCACGGAGGACCGCAACCUGUGUGUGAAGGCCCUGACGCACCACGUGCCCGUCCGGGACCUGCCGGCCUUCCUCCGGUGGGCCAACAUCUCGUGAAGGGGGCGGCUUACGCACAGUGCAAGCGGCAACCUCGACGGCGGGGCCACAAGUGCCCCAGCGCGUGCUCACGCAAACACCAGUGCACCACCACCCUGCACCAGCAGCCGAACCUCGAACCACACGCGAAAGGGGUCUUCAUCCCUUGGUACCGGCACGCACCGGGCCCUGGCUUGCCCCCAGAGCCGGAGAACCAUCUUUCUCGAACAUCCGUUUGGGCCGAGCUGGGAUGAGAGAGGGAAAGAACAAUCACCCGGCUUGGAUUGAGAUGCCGCGGGGUGGCAGCUUCAGCCGUGGCACAGCGAAGAGGCGAGGGAAUGACCGAUGCGUCGGAACCAAAUUGUUUUUGCCUGCCUUUGGAAAAGAAAGGAAUAAUAAAUGCGGAUCCAGCACGUUUUUAGUCGGGCGCUCAUUUUGAGAAGCAAGAGCUCGAACAAAACUAGUUCCGCCAUAUUUGGUGUAACGAAACAAGCUAGGAAAGGUAUGAACCCUGUGCCAUUUAGAGUGCCUGGGUGCUGCGGAAUGUAGACAGGCACUUUGGUUAGCUACUGGCUAAUUUCGCCUCUCCUGGGAAGGUAAAAUUGAAUGCAGAGGGGCGUUUAUUUUUUAAGCAUGCCACUUGCCUUUGUGUGCUUUGAGAAGCUGCAAUAAGACGUGAAAAGUGUGGACUUCUCAUGUGUGAUUGGUUGCAGCUUGGCUGUUCUUCCCCGAGGGCACAACUCUAAGGACUUCCUUUACAGACGUUUGUUCCUCUUGGCCCCGUACCGCGACAGUGUCGCGUUGAUGGGGCUCUCAUUGUUCGUCGCCCAUUCAUACCGUUUGGCCUCUCAGACUACACCCAGCUGACUCGAAGCAGAUCUCCUGGGAGGCCCCGGACAGACGGCCAGUUUGAGGUUUUUUUGGGAGAUUUGUAUUAGAGUACCUCCAACCAGCUUCUCUUACCUCAUGUUGCAUUUGAACUCACCUGAAGCAUUAAGAAAGUCCACUUGAAGUACAUUUUUUUUUUUUUUUUAAGCAUCACUCGCAUUGUGCGGCGUAGUGUGAAAAUCAGAAAAAAUGUUAUUGAUCUCAUUUCAGUGAUGUGAAUGGGUGCUCUGAACACUCCUGGGUUAUGCAAGUGAUUGGCCACUGCUAUGACUUGAGGUGGCCUCAUGAAGCACGUGGGGAGGCUGCCUCCCUCUGUGCUAGAGUUCGAAGUGCGUACUUUAAACUGUGCUGCUUUUUGUAAUUGUUAUGUGGGAUUGUACACUAGUUUUCGUACAAUUUUAAUGUAUAGCCAUCUAUUUGUGGUGACGUUUACAGCUUUUGCAUUUGGUUUUUGCUCUGAUGUAAUGUUGGUUUUGGUUGUUUUGGUUGUGAUAUGACUGUAUAUCUAGAAACAAAGUACAUGAAGUUAUUGUUUGUGUUUGUUAGUGUUGACUUUGUCUUGCAUAGGUUCUAGCAAGCCCAGUAUCUGCAGCUAGAGCUACCUCGUGGCUUACUCUCUCUGCUCUGUAACCAUUGCAUAUAAUCUAUUAGCCUGGAACAUCCCUAGUGCUUUUUAACUACACUGGUACUCCGGUAUUUCUUCUUUUUGCUUGGCAAGCAGAUGCUCGAUUAUUGAAACCAAGGUAAUGUGGGAAGUUGCAUAUCUCUGAUUAUUAAAAAGGCACUGUAUAUCUGCCCGUCUGAGACACUUAUCUAUAAAGCUUUCAAUUGGCAAAACUGAGCAGAUCCUAUAUUUUUCUCAGAAACUCUAAAGAGCCCUGUUUUCUAACAGCAAAGCUUAAUUUCUCUGCUGUCUUACCCAGCAACAAGUAAUAUUCUCGGAUUAGGGCUACAUUCUUUCAUGGCAACAUGUUCGAUGGCUGGUCUGUCCUAUGCAUACCUGUAUUUUGUAGCUGGCAAAGAAUGCUUGACAUUGGUACAUUUAAUCUCAUGCUGUUGUCCACAAGGCUCAUAAGUACUGUUGAGAGUGACAGCAGCGAUUGCAAUAAUAUGGAUACAUUUAAGAAAUGUUGAGAGUACUUCCAGAUAUUUUAUAGUCCCCGUAGCAUCACUCUUGAGUGUGUUGAAACGUGACGAGUGGAAUUCGGCAAUAGACAAGGCUGUUCACGUUAACAAUCAUGCAUCAUAUUUGUUGUACAAAUAUCCCAAAGAAACGUGAAAAGAACUUGGUGAGGUACUUAUCAAGGAGGCAUGUUUACAAAUCCCCUGCAUUGAUACUCGUUCGAUGAUGGUCACUUGUAUUCUGUGUAGGGUAAGUGGUCUCAUGAUCGUUUAGGAGUGCUGGUUUCAAGCUUUGCUCUGGCUAGAUUUUUUUUUUUUUUUGCCUUUUUUCUUUGGAUGUAAGUUUUCACCUUGGCAUGUGUAGGAGGAGCUGGUGUUUUGUGUUUGACUUGUGGAAAGUGAACCCUGAGCACAUUAUGAAUGUCUGUGAAGGUCAUUAAAGUUGCAUCAGUUCUAUUAUGA